GUUAAGUAGCUUUGCUCGGCUACUUAACAAGCCGCGGUGGGGAGGAAAUCUCGCUGCGGGUUUGAUGAAACUAUCGCGAGAUACUCCGAGAUGUCCGCAUUGGCUCGCAACAGUCAAUUUCACGACGGCCAACGUGAAGCAUGUAUGUGAUGAAGAUGAGGCGUGAUGAUGGAGGAUGUGGUUCUUCACCACCGUCUCGAAGACUCUGACGGGCUGAGCCAUUUAAUUGCAACCACAGAAAAGCUCCUGGAACCUUUCCCCCGCCGCCCUCCUCCCGUCUUCACGCCGUGGUUCUCGGACCAGUCAGCGCGACGGCCUCCGCCCAUCAGACCGGCCAAACGCGCUCCCGUCAUCAACGCAGAGGCUUUAAAAGAAGGCGUUGGCGGAACGGCGAACUCGCCGUCCGUUGUUGACGAGAGCGCGUCUGUCGCAGCGGCGGGGGUCAAACGGUCCUGGAGCGUGUUGGCUUCCAAAAGUGUUCGUCGGCGCUCGCCGUCGCUCUCGAAAGGCUUCCGACGCGCCUUGUCUGUGCACGCGCUGCACCUGCGCCAGAGGGCCAAGUGGGUCAUCGGUCAGGACAACUGCGGAACCGUACGAGACAUCGAACAGGUAUGGCAAGCUCUGAGCAAAGCCGCCCGGCGCGCCGGCUUGCCCACGUGCAACGCCAACAUCCAGCGCGAGCGUGCCGAGAUCUGGGUCUUCUGCGACGUGGCGUACUCGGAGCAGGUGGGCCGCUUCCUAAAGGAGCGUCUGCAGCUGGUGGGCAGCAUCGGGCUGCACGUGCACAAGCUCGGAGACGUCUUUCGCUUGUAGUGCUGAGUUCUCGCAGCCUUCUCGUCGUGCCGCUGAGCCAAAAUCACACUUGGGGAUGCGCAACGUGCCUCUUGAGCUCAACAUCUGGCCUAGCAUUAGACCAGAACCUCGAACUGUUUGGCAUGUCACGGAUGAAGCACGUGACGCAGGAGUCAUCUUGUGUUGAAUGUGAUGCCGUUGAGGCCGUUCCCACUUGAUACUUUCAUGCUCACCCAACUUGGAUUCCCAAAGUUUGGCUUUAUUUUGAAAGGCAUGUUUUUCCAUGGAAAUGUCAAUCAAAUUGGGACAUUUUUAACACGGAAGGUGAAAAACACUUAACGUGGUCUCAUAUUCCUGAUGUCAUGAAUUAAAACAGGCCAUUUUAACGUGGAAGUUAUGCAGAUCAGCUCCAUUGUCAAUGAAUGUGUAUUUUUUAUUUUAUUUUAUUUCAACAAUAAAAGAGACUAUGAAGUCUUUUUUUUC